AUGACUACCGAACAGUGGAAUCCUUUAGUAGAUCUUCCAGAUCUUCGCGGCAAGGUUGCUGUAGUGACGGGAGCCGGGACUGGCAUCGGAUUCGCAACUGUCAAGCUACUUGCCCAGAAGGGAGCCAAGGUGUACUUGACCACUCGCAACGAAUCAAAGGCUCUGCAUGCAAAGGAGACCUUGAUCAAGGACCCUGCUAUCGAUCCGGACAAUGUCCAAUGGUUGAUACUUGACCUAUUCGACCCAGUUAGCGUUACCGCUGCCGCCGAGGAGUUGAAGAGAAGGGAGACAAAAGUUGAAAUUCUAAUCAACAAUGCAGCGGCAUCAACAUCAUCCCGUGAAUUGGUAGACGGCAAAUACGAACAGCACAUGGCUGCCAAUCACAUGGGACCUUUUCUGCUCACGAAUCGCCUUUUGCCGCUUCUCAAAAAUGCUUCUAGGGACGAGAAUGCUGACGUCAGGAUCAUCAACGUCAGCUCCACGGCCCAUAUCAGCAUGCUACCAAGUCAUUUCAACUUUAACUUUGACUCAGCUACAUGUUUCAGGGACCCGGUACCUUCUUACCCAUGGCAGUGGAGGUUUAUGGGUAAAUUCUUCUUCGGCUUUGACAUGAUUCGCUAUGGUGUAUCAAAAGCGGCCGUGGUACUCUUCACACAAGAACUCCAGCGUCGGUUCGAUGAGAAAGGUCUCCCUAUAAUAUGUAUCGCCGUGCACCCAGGAGAGGUCCUCACUGAAGGCGUGCUAGCCAUCAACAAUUUCCUCGUCAGGGCCAUAGCGCGCAUGUCGUUCAUAAGCGCUGAACAAGGUGCCGCAAACUCGUUGUUUGCAGCUGCUGCGACCGAGGUCAGGGAGAAUGUUGAAAAGUACAAGGGGAAGUUUCUCGUUCCAGUUGGGAAAUUGGAAGAUCCUAACCCAGUCGCUGAGGAUGGUGGACAAGUCAAGGGUCUAUGGGAGAAUACAGUCAUCGAGAUCAACCAGUGGACCGCCGAGAAGAAGCUAUCUCCGUUGCUGGCUAUGUGA